GGGAGGGACCGGGCCAUGAAGCCGGCGGCGCUGGAGGUGCUGAGGAUGAGCCGCAUCUGCAGGAUGGUGCUGGCCACUUGCCUCGGCUCCUUCGUGCUUGUCAUCUUCUAUUUCCAAAGUAUGUUGCACCCAGUAAUGCGUAGGAAUCCAUUUGGAAUGGACAUUUGUUGUCGGAAGGGGUCGAGAAGUCCUCUACAAGAACUGUACAAUCCCACCCAGUUGGAGUUGUCUAACACAGCAAUUCUUCAUCAGAUUAGGAGGGACCAAGUCACAGACACAUGCCGCGUCAACAGCGUGUCUAGCAGGAAACGCCGUGUGCUGACACCCAACGACCUCAAACAUUUGGUGGUAGAUGAGGAUCAUGAAAUGAUCUAUUGCUACGUACCCAAGGUGGCCUGUACAAACUGGAAGAGAGUCAUGAUGGUUUUGACAGGCAGGGGCAAAUAUAGCGAUCCUAUGGAGAUACCAGCCAAUGAAGCCCAUGUGUCCUCAAACCUGAAGACCCUCAACCAGUACAGCAUUCCAGAGAUCAACCACCGUUUAAAAAAUUACAUGAAGUUCUUGUUUGUUCGCGAGCCUUUCGAAAGACUGGUGUCUGCCUACAGGAAUAAGUUCACCCAGAAGUACAACACAUCCUUUCACAAGAGAUACGGCACGAAAAUUGUGAGGCGCCAAAGGAAAAACGCCACCCAGGAGGCUCUGCGUAAAGGCGACGAUGUGAAAUUUGAAGAGUUUGUGGCAUAUCUCAUUGAUCCACACACCCAAAAAGAAGAGCCUUUCAAUGAGCACUGGCAAACAGUCUACUCCCUCUGCCACCCUUGCCAUAUCCAUUAUGACCUCAUAGGAAAAUACGAGACACUCGAAGAGGAUUCCAAUUACAUCCUUCAGCUUGCAGGAGUAGGCAGUUACCUGAAGUUCCCCACCUAUGCAAAGUCUACGAGAACUACUGAUGAAAUGACCACAGAGUUCUUCCAGAAUAUCAGCUCCGAGCACCAAACACAGCUGUAUGAAGUCUACAAACUUGAUUUUUUAAUGUUCAAUUACUCAGUGCCAAGCUACCUGAAAUUGGAGUGAGGGGGAGAGAGAAAGGAAAGAAAGCCUCUUUUAUUUAAGAUUUUUAUUUGUCAUAAUAAAUAUGAAGAAUGGGUUAUUUUGUAAAUUAAUAUUUUCUUUUUUGAAUGAUGCUGCGAGCAGCACAGUUGAAAUUAUUUAAAUCAUCUGUAAGAAAGGACAGCUCUCUUGCAGGGUGACAGGAUUUUGACGAUCUAGCUUUAGAAAUGAGUAAUACUGCUACACUGUUUAAAAUGUUAAUUGUGUUCUGGUGAAUUUCGUUUAUCUUGCAUUCCUCAAAUUCUAAUUAAUGUUAUUUAUACUUAUUUAAAACACAGUCUCUUGGUAGGUUUCACUUUAGCAGCAGAAAUAUGAUAAUAUUUGGACAAAAGGAAUCUGACUUUGUGCUUUCUUCUGCUGUGCUUGUCUCUGGUCAUUAACUCUUUCAUUAGCUUUUCACACAGAUAAAGAUCCUAUCAGAAAUUUUAAAACAAUGAGGUUGUUUAAUCCAUAUCACAUCUUGGAAACACUAGUAGAAAUAGUUUUUUCAGAGAAUGAUAUUGCACUUAAAUCAUAAAUGUAAAGUUACCUUUUUAUCCCUGAAAGGGAAAGGAUAGAACAGGUUUUGAUAGAUCCAGGAUAUUUAAAAUCUGAGACUGAAAAAUGUGAGUAUAUCCCUUGGAGAGAGAAACCAUAAAUUUUGAUCUGGACAGCACAACUUGAUUUCCUGUGCUUGGCAUUUCCAAGCCUGUCUUCCCAAUGAAGAGAGAAGAGGAUUUGUGCAUAUUAUGUGCAGGUAAAGUCUGGGCCAAAAAGGCUUCAGAAGUGACUAGAGAGUUUGAUUGCUCAACAUGAGCCCCUUAAUACAAGGCUUCAGCUAAGAGUGCUCAUGGUUAUCACUUUCUGAUAAUUAGGCCCCCUACAGGAUCUCAGUUUGUAUCUCUUUCCCUUUCCCCUGCCCCCCACCCAUAAAUAAAUAUCACUGGUCACAACAGGAAAUACCGGCCAAAAUGUGUUCAUACAUAGCACCAAUGCAUAUAAUCUGAAAAAGUCAAAAGAUCACCUUCCUGUUGAUCUCUGCCUUUAUGAGGCAAUAAAAGCAGUCCCUUAAUCUUCAAAUACAUUGGUGUGAUGCCUUUUUCUUCCUGGGCUAGUGUCUCGUGUCUUAUAUUUAUUAGUCAUUAGUUUGCCAUUGGUGACUGAGUUUCUGCUUUCCAAUGGGUUAAUAAUAUGCCUGAGUUAAGUAUCAAAUGAGAACAUUUUAUGUCAGGUGAAUGUGUCAGUAGCAGUUGCUCUGUAUAUAAAGUUUGUUGAGAUGUCAUAUUGUAAUAAGAGCAGUAGAUUACCUAGAGAUUGCUUUGAAUAAACAAGCAUGGAUAAUUUAUUCACUGGAAAUAAAGAAAGAUAUGGUGUUUUAAUCAAGGAUAUUAGCAAGCUCAGUGAGCAAAAGUACAGAUUUAUCCAACUGUUUAAUUUUAUUUUGAUGUAUGUGGGACGCACAACCAAGGUGGCAGUGAGAGUGACUUUUUUUAUGUUAUGCAUCUCCUACCAAACUAUCUUGACCUGGGGAGGCAGCGUGGUAAGCUAAUUGAAAGCUGCAAAGCACUGCAUUGAUUUAUUUUUGUUGUGCUAAAAAUGGGAUGUAGGAGUUUGUCUCAAUAAUAUGGUGUUGGCAAAGUGCUUUUCAGGUCUCAAAAUGAGAGUCUCAUUGCCAUCACCAGAACAAGUGCAGAUUUUCAAAGUCAAAGGUUGCUUUUGAUUUUGCAAGCCUGUAUUGGUCCAGGAAAGUAAAACUUUCCAAAGUAAUCUGGGAGCCAACAUCCCAUUUUCAAAAGCAAGUUAGGAGCCAGAAGCCACUUUGAAAAAUGCAACAUUGGUGCCUGUGAAGAAGUUGUUGGUGUCCAGAUCUCACAAUGAUCAAAUCCCCACCGUUCAAACAGUCACGGGAGUGGUCAGAUAAAACAGCUCUGUGUCUUUGGGCCAGAUCCUGGAACUACACUGGUUUACUGUGGCUCAGGAUAUGGUCCCCUGAAUCUUGUUGGCUGUGGAAAACCCUAUAGUCAUUAUUAACUGAAGAAAAAAAAGUAGCAUAACAAGCAGCAACUCAAGCACUUUCACCAUAGAAAUUUUCCCUUAAAAAAAGGAAAAUGCCCAAAUCCUUGUUAUCACUGUAAAAAUACAUCUCUCAUUCCAUUUUGGGAUGAAUGGAAUGGCCCAGAUCCCACUGGGAGGGAGGGAGGACAGGAAGGCUACACACUGUCUAAUCAGAUUUUUUAAAUUCUUAAAUGGCUUUUCAUUGCUGACUAAUAUUUUACUUCAGAGCAGUUGUCUCAUUCAGGGCAUAUGGAGCUGUUGUAAGUGCCUAUCACAGAGUGUGCCCUGCCAGUGUGCCCUAUUUUGUGUUCUGUAGCUCAGUGGUUAUGUAUUUAUUUACUAACACAUACACACUUCUAUACAUCCAUACAGCAACCGACAGUUUUGGCUAUGAUCGUGUCCUACGUGCUAAUCCCCAAACCCUUUUUAGGUCUCAAAGAGAGAGAGGGACCGGAAAUGUUCAUCUUCUUUUUAAGACUACUAGAUGUAUCAUUUUGACUGAGCCAGAAGAUUUCCCUCCUCUCCACAAGGCCCCAUAAGAAAUAUGUAGAGUUACAUUUCUAUAUCUUAAAAAGGCACCACUUUGCAGCCACUGCCCUCUCCAGCAAGAAGACAUGCCGAAGAACACUUUCUCUCCUGUCCUGUCCUUCCACAGUGUGCUCAGCUGAAGCAAAAAGGUUGAAAUUCAUUCCUGGAUACAAAUCACCUACGUGGCACAGCUGAGCAAGACUGUUGGGUAGCUGGAGCGUGCCUGACCACCACUUUGUGUCUUCAGGAGCCUUCUAAAAUAAUGCCUAUUAGUUGUCACCAGAUAUACCAGUAACACUAGAGCUAAUGUAGCUGCAGGAUCAGAGCAGUCUAGCACAUUGCUAGUGAUUCCAGCCAAUCGUUGUCCUCGAAACCAAUGAGAACUUUACAGAAUAUAGGUUCCUCCCAAUGGUGAGCCAAAGUAGCCACAGCCGAAUAACAAGAAGUUGGCAAAAUUAGAGUACAAAACGCUACACAAGCGGCACAUACCAGAUGUGAUUUAAGUUCAUGUCUUCAACCUCAGCUAGUUACCAACAAUACUUGAGUAGUUCGUCUACCAUGGAUCCAAGCCUGUAAGCUUUAGGCUCCAAACUAUAGCCAUUUCACGUGAACCUAGCUGACAUUUCCUAUUUUAUUUCAGUGAAUUCCAGAAAUCCUCCAUACUUCAGCCUCCAUAUAAUAUUUGUCCAAACUUAAGGACCUUUUCAGACCGGUUCACCAAGCCUACUACAUUGCAACAGAAAAGUCAACCACAAGCAAAAUGCUUUCAGAAGUCAAUUGACCCAUGGUGUUUUAACUGUAGUCUGCUGCACUUUUCAGGUACAAAAAAGGGACUGUCCUUACUAUUACUCUUGUUACAGAGAGUGUUAUUUUCUUACAUGCAUGCACAAUACAAUGUGUACAUAUAAUUUAACAUCAAUGUGGGGUUUGAUUUUUUUUUUUUUUUUUUUUUUACCUAUUUGUAUGCAGUAGAAGGCUUGUUGUAGAAAAGUAUCUCUUCAUACCUACGUAUACUGUUAAUAAAAAGUAAAAAAAAAAAAAAAAAAAAGCUAAAUUAUACAUUGCCAACAAAUGUGUGAACUGCUCAUGAAUCUUUCCUUGAAAAAAGCCAUUCAAGCCUGAUUAUUUUUCUAAGUAACUUCAAUUAAAUUGAAGAAAGAAAGAAAGAG